AUGCCUUUGUCUCUUGAGUUCUCAGCUCGUGCCAAACAGCUUAGCGACGACUCUCAGAUUGCAGUGAAAGAUGUCCUCUUCGUCAACUGUCACGCUGACAGCAUCACAACUGUUACAGGCCUUUCGUGUAACUUUGAGGAGGAUCUGUGUAAUUGGUACCAGGAUCAAACCGACAACUACGACUGGGAACGUCUGACAGGGAUGGAUCACACCAUUUCUGGUGGGUCUAGUAUGGUGGUAGAGAUGUGGAGUCCAUCUCUGCGUGGCUUGUCUGGCCGGCUGCUCUCAUUCCCCCAGCCAGCCACCACCGAAAGCUACUGCCUGUACUUCUACUACAAGAUUUAUGGCCCACACACAGGUGGUCUGAAUGUGAAGCUGCUCCAUGCGGACGGCGCUGAGGAGUUGCUCUGGGCUCGCUCAGGAGCUCAUGGUAAUAGAUGGCACGAGGGGUCCUGCUCAGUAUCUUCUCCACUCAAUUCCUACCAACUGGUGUUUGAAGCCCAGCGUUCAUCCUUCGAUGGCCUUGUGGCCAUAGAUGACAUCGUGUUCGCGCCGGGCCUGUGCUCACUGCCCAGCCUGUGUUCGUUUGAGGGGCAGAAGUGCGGCUACACGACCACUAACUCUGGCUCUCCCCCCUGGGUCCACCAGCGCGCUGGUGCAGGACCCAACGGACCCAAAACAGACCACACCAUGGAGACGGAAAAUGGUUUCUACAUGGUGGCCAACACUGGAGCCGACUCUCUUCCUCAGGACAGUAAGAUCAUCCUCGCCACCUCGGACCGCUCAGCCUCCUCAGACAUGGAGUGUGUGCACUUUUGGUACCACACUGGAGGAGAAAAGCCUGGUAAGUUGAGUGUGUUUGUGAGGCCAAUGUCUGGGGACGCGACUGAGAUCUUCACCAAUACCAUCAACCAGGGAGACAUGUGGCGCCAUGGCAACGCCAACAUCCGCAGCACUCAGCACCAGAAAUAUCGGUUGGAGUUUGUGGCAGUGGGUGCAGGGGGAGACAGGACCCACAUUGCCAUUGAUGACGUGUCCUUCUCGGCUCACGGCUGUCACGCUGCAGGUGCCGUUUGUGAUCUGGAGAGAGGGAUGUGUGGCUGGUCUAACACCCAGAACCCGUCUCAGGAUCAGCUAGAUUGGGAAGUGACCAAUGCCGCUGGAGAAUCUCGCCUGCCCACUCCAUAUGAAGACCACACACUGAAAACUGAGAAAGGUCAUUUCCUGUUCCUGCCCAGUACUGCUCGGACUCCUGCUGCCUCUAAGGCCUGGCUGCUAGGCCCACACCUGCCCCCUACCGACAUUUCCUGCCUGCGUUUCUGGCUCCAUCGACACGGCAGCUUUGGCAAACUGAGAGUGCUGCGUCUGGCUCGGGGGCUGGAACAUGAGCUGUUUGUUACCCAAGAGGGCGAGAGCUCUGAUUGGAUUAGACAUGACCUCAACAUUACCUCUGCUGAGGAGUACCAGAUUGUAUUUGAGGGCACCACUGGAACUGAGGGUGUAACAGCCCUGGAUGACAUUGAGUUCAGGGAGGGGGUGUCCUGCUCUGAUGUCAACAAGCCACCACCAACUGCUUCACCCCCAAGUGAUGCUGGAGGCAUCGCUGCGUCCAUCAUCGUGGUGGUGCUGUUGCUGGGGUCAUGUGCGGUCAUCAUGUACUUCUAUCUGCGGGUGCGGGAGGGGAUCAGAGCCACCACCAUGUCCGAGAUCAGUGGCGGGAUCAGUAAUGAGGUUUAUGAGUCAACGGAAGGCCACGGGGCUGCCUCUCCCAGCAGAUCACACGUAGAUGUGGUCGGGUUUGGGAAUGAAAUGUAUACAGAGACCUCUGAAGAGAGACCAUAGAGAAACUGUGUGGGUGGUUUUGAUGGAGUUUUACUGCCACCUACUGGUUGCCUGUGUGCCUGUGAUGUGAUUUUACCACCAACCGUCUCUGCAGGACAGUCUGACCCACUGGAUGAAUCUGAUGCAUAUUAAUUCCAACACACACCCAGUGGUCUGCGGUUGGAGUGAGCUCCAGAUGAGUGUGGAUAGCCUUUAUUGUGGAAUGAAGCAAUUCAGUAAUUAAACUGCCGAAUCAUCAGACUGUCCAUCAAAUUGCACUUAAAUGUUUUAAUAAUGUUGUCUUUUCUCUUCUCCUUACUUAGCCUACAUGUUAUGUGGAAGAUAUACAUUGUGUGAUGUUUAAUAACGCUGUGACUGCAAUGUGACUAUGACUGCAAUUUAUUUCAACUCUCAUAUGUAGAUUGGUUCUGAGUUUCCAGACUCCAUCAGGCUGUACCGGUUUUAAAACGUUUCACUUAAAAGAUGAGAACAGUAUCAGGGUUGUAGAAUAACCUGCUUAGACUCAUGGGAAUGUAAAGAGUGA